CUCCAGCGGGGCCGGUGGGACACGGGCGGGACACUUCGGUGUCCUCCUCCUGGUUUGACUCGAGGCACGCUGCUGCGGGCACCUCCAGCCCCAUGCUCGGUGUGCCCGCGCGGGUGCAGAGGUGCCGAGGCCUCCGCGCAACGGAGCCCGGCGCGGUCGACGCGGUGAAGGCCUUCCUCGAAGACGAGGAUUCUUACGUGAGGAGCGCGGCAUGUGAGUGGAUUCUUCGAGCGAAGCUUCCUGCAAGCGCCGUGGCCGAUGUUCUGCCAGCAUUGCUGCAUCUUUUGGCCGAUGAGAGUGGUUUUGUGCGGAAGGCGGCUUCCUCGGCCCUCGCCAGGUUGCCUGCAGCAUCACUGGAAUCUCACGUGGAUGUGCUGGCAGACCUGCUGGUGCAUCAAGACUGCUCAGUGCGGAAGGUCGCUUGCCAAGCUUUGAGCAAACUAUCUUCAGAGGCCAUUGCUCCACAUGCCAGCAGGUUGGGAAAGCUUUUGGAAGUGGAGGAGUUGGAAGAGGCUGCAUGCACCAUCAUGGCAAAGCUGCCGCAGAACCUCUUGGUCACCCACCUCCAAAGGCUAUCCGAGAGCAUGCUUCGUUUGCCUUCAGAGGUUGCUGAAGAAUUUGUGGACAUCGUGAGCUUCGCCGAGGCGCAGGAUCCAGAAGUUCAGAGGGCGACCAUCUCCAUCGUACACAGAUGGUCCCAUUCAGGAUGGGUGAAAGCUUUGUCUCACCAGCAGGACCUUGUGCGUGCCGCUGCCUGCAGGGCCAUUGUGAAGAUGCCAGGGUCUGUGCUCACAAACCAUGAGAAGCUAUUGACUGGACUCCUGCAGGAUUGGAAUUCCUCGGUUCGAGCCAGCGCAUGCUUUGCUUUGGGCCACUUGCCAGCCAACGCCCUUCUUCCACAUGCUGGCCGAUUGGCGUCAAUGCUGGAUGAUUUGCAAUAUGAGGUGCGCCAGGAGGCAUGCUUGGCGGCAGCCAAGCUGCCACAAGGUGCGCUUGCACCACGUGCUCUCGCUGCACGUGCCCCAAAACUAGAGCAACUGAUGCAAGAUGAUGAUGAAGGUGUGAGGAUGGCAGCUUGCAGAGCCGUGGCUCGGUUGCCACAGGAUGUGAUGGUGAGGCACGCAGUGCAGAUCUCCAAUGCCCUUCAUGGCUUUCCAAGCUUGGCCCAGGAGUUUCAUGGCAUCAGCGGCUGGCUGCAGCAUGGCCAACUGGCGGUGCGGGAGGCAGCCUGUUCCAUCAUGACCAUGUGGCCCUCAGAGAUGGUUGGCCCCCAUAUUGCCUUAGUGGCACAGUUUUUGGAAGUGGAGCCACUGCAAUGGAUUGCUUGUGUCCUCAUGGCCAAGCUGCCGGGACACUUGUUGGUCCCUCACAUCAAGUCCUUAUCAAUGAAGGUACCCCCUCUUGGUUCAGACGUCGCUGAACAGUUCGUUGAUGUUCCCAGCCUCUUGGACCAUGGGGAUGAUCCCGAAGUCCGAGCAGCCGCGUGUUCCAUCAUGGGCCUCUGGGCACCCGCAAUGCUUCGCCCAUACGGUCCAAAGCUGGAAAGGCUCUUGGAGGAUCCUUGUGAGCUAGUCUGGCAGGCGGCCUGCAGCACACUCGCCCCGUGCCACCUUUCAGGCGCCGAGACCGCGGAGGCCUUCGGCGCCUGGACGCGUCUCGACCCUUGGGCCGCAGCGGCGCUCCGCGUGUGCAGCUCCAGGGGGACGUGGCCACAACAGAUUUUGGACGCUCUCACACUGCAAGUGGACUCCCUCGGGUCCCAGCAUGCAAACCAGCUCCUAUCGCACCUCGUGCCAUCUUUGAUGUCAAGCGACACCCUUGAACUCCUGGGCCAACUACUCAAGAAGGCAUGCGGAUGCAGCUGGCCUCCGAACCGCCAUGAGUUGCUCCACGCCGCGGCCAGGGCCGGCAAUCAUGAGGUCUGUGAAGUCUUGGUCAACAAUGGCCAUCCACUGCGUGUGAAGGAUCGGUCUGGAUUGACGCCCGAGGAGCAUGCGAUCAGGAAUGGUCAUCAUACAGUGGCAAGUUGGUUUCGCCAGCACCUCCGUUUGGUCAACACCCGCGGUGGAUCGGGCGCCGCUUAUUAUGAGGCGAUGCAGGAUGAGAGUGCUGUGGUCAAAGUGCAGUGGCAUCAAAUUGAGUUAGAUGGUGUACCUGGACGGUUGGGAGGGAUUCAUUCCCUGCUCGCGAUCACCGUUCGCAACGGUCAAAGCCAGUCAUCCUGGACAUAUGUGCUGGAGAAAGCUGCAUCGCAACGUGAAGAUGCACGUGAAGAGUGUCAGAAUGGCAUUUACAUCUCUUGUUGGUCUGAAGUGACUUCAAUGAUCACUCUGCCAGCACUGCACACAUUGAACAGCGUCGGGGCGGCUUUGACCAUGAAAAAGCUAUGGGAGGUGGCAAUGAGCACCGGCAAGUACGACUUGACAAGAAGCAAUUGUCACCAUGCCGCGCAGGCGGUGUACAACGCUUGUGUCCCUCAUUCCGAUCCACAUCUGAAGGUGCUGAAGAUCCCCAACGCGCUUCUGACCUCGGUGGCUGCCUUGGUGAAACCCUUGCUCCUGGGAAGUCGAUCCUCCACCUCGCAGUCCUCCUCCGUUGCAGUGAGCUCCGAGCUUGGCGAGAGCGGCUCCGCCUCGAGGAUCAACCGUGGCGCGCCGUUCCCCUUCGAAAUGGUCGGUGAGGCGGGGCGUGUCCAUCCUGGUCACCUGAAAGCGGCCUACUUGGCGAAGUGGGUGUACCAGCUGAGGCAAGAGGAGCUGACAGGUUUGGGAGGGUUACUGAACAUCCACUUGCACGUGCUAAGGCGGAUGGGUGAUGAGAAUCCAACACCAGUGCAGUGGGCAGUCCUGGAAGAUGAGGAUGCCUUCUAUGUGACCUUCAAAGGGACCGACAACUUCGUGGAUGUGGUGAUCGAUUUUGAUCUGACUCUCAGGUGCUUCUGCGACAUGCGGGUUCACAAUGGCAUCUCAGGGGGGUUGCAGCACAAGCCUCCAGAUGGCAAGAGUGUGCUAGAUGAGCUAGAAGAAUGCCUGGGGAGCGUUUCUGUGCAGAACGCGAAGGAGGUGAUUUUGUGUGGCCAUUCGCUUGGGGGAGGCUACGCGAUCCUGGCUGCCCUCUUCUUGCUCUACCGUGGCUUUCGAGUCACGCAGGUCGUGACCUUCGGUGCCCCGCAAGUCUUGGUGCCUGACAUGGGCAGCCCUGGGUGCCGGUGGUUGGACGAGAUCACCACGCUUUAUGUGAAUGCCUGGGAUCCUGUUCCACGGUUGCCAGCUUGCCUGGAGUGGCUGGAGCUGCUGGCGAGGACCGAGCUUCUUAAGUAUUAGACUGUUGUGGGCUGCAUAGCUCACCUGCAUCCAACAGGCUGCUUCCUUGAAAACCCUCAUUUCUUCGCUCCCCAAAAGCUUUUGCCGGGAGAUGAGCUUCACGAUGCUUCACGCUGCUGUUUGGCAAUUCUUGCAAUGGCUGUAAGAGUUCAAGGCAGUUGAAGGGUUUUCUUUCAAACGUGCAGCAUGGCGGCCGCUUUUCUUGACACCUCCUGACACUACUACAUUCUUUUGUGGAAAAUGUGGUGUUGCCUCUCAACGCUGGUGUGGAGGAUUAGGGUCCCCCUCGCUGGAUUCAUUCAUGUGUGCCCCAACCUCCAAGACACCAUCGACAAGUUCAAGCGCCUGAGGCACGGCUAUGGUCUGGUUGGACGUUUGGCGUUCGUUGCGCCGCAUUCUUCGUCCAUUCGAUGUGGGCCGUGCUUGGGGGAAGUAGAGUGGCUAUUGUACAGCCCUCCUCCGGAAGAACAUGGGACCUGCGCACGGAGGCUCUGCGAAUUUCACUUGAUGGACGAAUACGUGAAGAUCCUCAAAGCCGCGGCUGAAUCCUGAGACUUGCCAUUUCUUUGGUGGAUUUUGAGGGCCCACUUGCAAGACCUGGUCAUAUUCGGCGGGGCUGCCAGCUAGCCGCUAGCCGGCGAAUCAUUUGUGGAA